AACAGGAAGUCCUCCAGCGCAGAGCAACUGAGCCUGUUUUUACCAGCCCCUCUUUCCUUCAGUGCUUCCUGAUUAAAAACAUACAUUACGUUAGCGAAACAGAAAGUAUAUUUCUGUUACUUCGCCAUUUUGAGCGAAGCAGGGUAGAUGCAGGUUCAAGUAGAGAGGGAAUAAACUUACUCCUGCAUUGAAAACACACUGAAGUGUGGUAAUUGCGGAAGGUGACUGGGGGGAAAGAGCAAGAGGUUUUACCAGAAUUCAGACUUCAGACCACUGGCUGUAGAGUCUGAGAGCCUGAAAACAGUUUAGGGAAGAUUAUAAGAGCAGAAGGACUUCAGAGGAGACUUCACAUCACUCUGGGUUGUGCUCGUAUCAAAUUCAUGUCCUUGAGACCCUCUGCUGAUCCUCAGGAGGGGAACAGUUUCUUAAAUGAGUCUCUCUGAGGAGCCUGAGGCUGAAGAUGGAGCACUGGGCCCUGAAAUUGAGAGGAUCAAGAUGGACAGAUCUGGGUCAUCAGUACCCAGAGGUGGAGCCUUGGCCACUGAUCCCAGGGUCAAGCUGGACAGACCAGGAUCGCCAGUGCCCAGCUGUGUGUCUAUGAAGAGUGACUGGUCAAUGAAUGAACCAAUAAUGUUCAAUGAAGGAACCUUCACUCCUGACCCCAGCUUUGCUGGGCCUGGAGAUGCGCCUUGUGAUUUCUGCACUGAGAAAAAGCUCAAAGCUGUGAAAUACUGUUUGACCUGCACUGUCUCCUACUGUGAGAUACAUAUCCGAUGGCACUACACAGUCCCAGCCCUGCGGAGACACAGAGUGGUGGACAUCAGUGGAGACCAGGAGUCCAAACUGUGCCAACAGCACCACAAAGCUCUGGAGCUGCUCUGUAGUACUGACCAGACUCUCAUUUGCAGUCUGUGUUCAGCACAGGAACACAGGGGCCAUGACAUCAUUUUUAAAUCAGAACAGGGACUGACAAAGGAUAUGGGAAGAGCUGUGAGUGACCUUACAGAUGAACUUGAGAAUUUCUACACAGGAGGAUUUCAGGAGACUGACCAAACAGGGUGGCUGGAGACACUGAAAGACAAACACAAGGAAGCUCUAGAGAGGAAGUUUGAAGUUGUAUCUGAGGGAAUUGCUAAGCCAGGAGAGCAGACCCUCCUCAAUGAUGUCUUUACACACGUGUGGAUAACUGAGGGCAGCU